AGGCUCUGCAGCGACAUGAAAUACCAGCAGACCCUCCGCCGCCCAGUGUCCGGUACCGGCCGUCCAGACCCGCUCCCAGCCCCCCAGACCCGCUCCCAGCCCUCCGCGGAUCACGGUGCCUUCAGAACGGAUCUAAGCCUCAUGACCGCCCACCCACAGCGGCCUCAACCGCUGUGUCGUCCCGGUGCUGACCGGGAUUGUUGAGCUGAGUGUGCGGAGUUCAGUCAGACCGAGUCCGCCUUAGGACGGGAAACAGAGACACCGCGUACGGGACGGGACGGGACGGCAACUUUACCGGAACCGGAGAGCGGGAUCUCCGUGUGUGUGUGUGUUUUUGCGUGUGUGUGCGUCUGUGUUUGAGUCCUCGCCAUGUCUCCGUGUUUUCCAACCGUUGAGAAACAGGACGUCCGUUCUCAUUCAACCUGUUGCCGGUGUCCCAGUCACUGACGCCGGGAGUCCUCCGCGUCCGGUAGCGAUUAGAGAACCGAGAGCCAUGUCGACCACCGGCCGUCGGCCCGGGAUGGCGGCGCCCCGGGGGGCCGUGCUGACGGUGCUGUUCACGGUGGCGGUGGUGCACCUCAGCGUGGGAUUCUGUAGAUCGUUGAGUUCUAAUGGAUUGAAACGAGACGGGGGUUCACGGGAGAUGGCCCGGGACUCAAGGCAGCCCGGGGAGUCCAGCGCCACGGACCCGUCCGGGGAGACGCCGUUCAGCGGGUCAGCCGACCCCUCGGAGCCCCUCCCCUUCGUCCGUACAGGUCCAGAGGGUGGAGGUGGUGAUGGAGCAGUGAGGACCGCCCCCUUCCUCCUGGUGUCCGGGCGGAGGCGGAGUCUGGCUGAAGGCCUCCAGGGGGGUCACCCAGACCACCUGGUCGCUGGUGUCCAGGUGGGAGGAGAACUUUACCUUCUGGACCUGGAGAAGAACCACGACCUGCUCCCCAAAGCCCCCAACAUCUUCUACUACCUGCCCAACGGGACGGGCGUUUCCACGGAGACGGACCCCCCAACCCACUGCUUCUACCAGGGCACGGUGAGAGGGUACCCGACCUCCAGGGCAGCCCUGAGCACCUGCUCCGGGCUCAGGGGCGUGGUCGCCCUCAACGCCACGCUGAGCUGGGAGCUCCGCCCCGCGGACCCCCCCGCGGGGGGAAAGGGGGGAGGAGGAGGAGGAGGAGCAGCAGCAGGAGUCCACCUGAUGUACCGUACCGGGCCCCUGGAGGGCUCUGGUCCGGGGGACUGUGGGGUCUCCCGCGGCCCCGUGCCCCCCCUCCACGCGGCCCCACACACACCCAGGUUAAGGAGAGACCUCGUCUCUGAGACCAAGUACAUCGAGCUGGUGCUAGUGGCCGACCAUCAGGAGUACGUGAACUAUCAGAAGAGCAACAAGACCAUCAUCUACCGCCUGCUGGACAUCGCCAACCAGGUGGACUGGUUCUACCGGCCCCUGAACGUGCGCGUGGCCCUGGUGGGUUUGGAGAUCUGGAGCGACCAGGACCGGAUCACCGUGGAGCGGAGCCCCGCCGACACGCUCAACCACUUCCUGGAGUGGAGGAGCCGCGAGCUGCUGCCCCGCCUUCACCAUGACAACGCCCAGCUGGUCAUGGGGGGGUCUUUCGACGGCACCACGGUGGGGAUGGCCUCCCAGUCGUCCAUGUGCUCCAAAGACCGGUCAGGAGGAGUCAACGUGGACCACCUGGUGAGUAUUCUGGGCGUGGCCUCCACCGUGGCUCACGAGCUGGGCCACAACCUGGGGAUGAGCCACGACACGGCCGAGCGGCGCUGCCAGUGCCUGAACGAGGCGCGGCAGGGGGGCUGCAUCAUGGAGCCCUCCACGGGGUUCAUGCCGGGGCAGCAGUUCAGCAGCUGCAGCGCCCAGGACCUGACCCUGAGCCUGGGCCACGGCGGGGGCAUGUGCCUGUUCAACGUGCCCCAGCCCGAGAGGCUGCUGGGGGGAGCCCGCUGCGGGAACCUCUACGUGGAGAAGGGGGAGGAGUGUGACUGCGGCCUGCUGCAGGAGUGUGAUGACCCGUGCUGUAACGCCUCCACCUGCAGACUGCAGCCCGGAGCGCAGUGCUCCGCCACCGGCACCUGCUGUGAGGACUGCAGGCUGCGGGCGGCGGGGUGGCCGUGCCGGGACCCCUUGGGGGAGUGCGACCUCCCAGAGUUCUGCACGGGGGCGUCGCCCCACUGCCCGGCCAACGUGUUCCUGCAGAACGGGGAGCCGUGCGAGGACAGCGCCUCCUACUGCUACGGAGGCUUCUGCGCCGGCCUCAGCUCCCAGUGCCAGGCGCUGUGGGGGGCCAAUGCCAGCCAUGCCCCGCCCCUCUGCUUCUCUUCGGUCAACAAACAAGGGAAUAAAUACGGCAACUGCGGCCAGACGUCCAACGGCUCCUACAUCGCCUGCAGAAGCGCGGACGUCCUGUGCGGUAAGCUCCAGUGCCAGGGAGGCAGCGAGCGGCCGGUUCUGUCCAGCGGCGCGGAGAUCCUCACCACCAAGGUGCAGUUCAACCACAGCGACCUGGUCUGCCGGGGCACCUACCUGGACCUGGGGGACGACGUGUCCGACCCCGCCAGCGUGGCCCAGGGCACCGCCUGCGGCCCCCACAAGGCGUGUGUGGACCAGCGGUGUCAGCACGUGUCCGUGUUCCGGGUGGACGAGUGCCGGGGGCAGUGUUACGGCCACGGGGUGUGUAACAGCAACAUGAACUGCCACUGUGAGGCGGGCUGGGCCCCCCCGGACUGCCGCUACGCCGGGCACGGGGGCAGCGUGGACAGCGGCCCCUCCCGGACCCCCGGAAGCACGGACCCGGUGCGCGUGGCCCUGCUGGUCAUCUUCCUCUUCGUCCUGCCCGUGGUCCUCCUCUUCCUCAUGCUGCGGUUCCCGCGGUGCCGGCGUGGGCUGCUGUGUCUCGGGGCCGGGGGCCCCUUCAACAAGAGCCGCCAGCACAACCGGACUCCGGCGACGGAGCGAGUGGACGACUGCAACGGGGAGCAGGUGCUGCCGCUCCGCUACCAGUGGAACGGCCACGGAGACAUCCCCCUGACCGCGCCCGCCAACAAGGUUCAUGACAGGCCUGCUCCUCCCACUAAGCCCCUCCCCCCUGACCCUGAGCUUAAGAAGCUCCAGCGCCGCACUGCACCCUCCAAGCCACUCCCCCCCGACCCCUAUUGCCCCGGCCAUCAGCAGCAGGUCAGACCCGCGCCUCCAAACAGACCUCUUCCUCCAGACCCCAAGCAAACGCUGGGCCAGGUCCCGGUCCGUCCCAAACCCCCGGUCCCGGCGAAACCCUCCCCCCUGGACCUCCCCCCUCAGCCUCCUCAGCCCGGGUACGCCCCCGUCCUCACCCACCCUCCCCCCGGGGCUGUUGCCCCCGCAGGCCUACCCAACAGACGGGCUCCUCCCCCUCCGUCGAAGCCGGCCAUCCCCCGGAAACCCGCCCCCUCCCCUCUCUGACCGCAGAACCGCCCGCCACUGGUUUGGACUGGAGCACACUGGGCUGAACCGGCCUCAGAAGAGACCACCUUGGACACCCCCCCACGUCUCAGAGACCUCAGCGAUCCAACCUUCGUCCACACACACAGUCACGCCUUGCAUGGGUCAGUGCAUGGGUCUGCAUAUGAACUCCUGCUUUAAGGACCUUUAACGAGCAGGUUUAAUCUGAGGUCGUUUGGACGCUUCAGUUGGACAGUGUCUGUAUCUGUGUUUGUAAAUAUGUCUUCCGUGUCGUCGCUGCAACUGACCGAGACAGGAUGCUGGCCUAGAAGGAGCUGCAAGCUGAACAGCCAACACUUCCUUUAAAAGACUAACAAGACCUCAAUCCUCUUCCGCUGCUUCACUCUGCAUUUUAACGUCGUCUGAACGGCAAAUUCUACAUCCAGUUCCCCCACCCAGAUAGUGGGAGGAGUCAACCUGGAGCCAACAUGGCCGCCGGGAGAAUGAGAUCCAGAAGGCUGUGUGGAGUCGGACGGAUCAAGACUUCACGGGUGGUAGAGGAGCUCCGGUCAGGGACCCCAUCUCUGACAUCAUAACUGAGGCUUCAGACUAUUUAUUCUCCAGUGUGGGAGACAGGGAGACUGGGAGACUGGGAGGCUGGCUAUUGCCAGACCAAGCUCAAUUGUAGAUUGCACGUUGGUCUGGGGAGGCUGCGGUCAUAUUCUUCAGCACAAGAGGCGUGAUCAACGGGCCUAGUUCAAACGACUCUGUACGUAAUUGGCUGCUUGCCAUCACCUUCCUGUCGUCAUUGUGUUAAAUCAGCCAAUAGCGCGCCAGGGGAAAAGCCAGCCUGGUGAUAGGCUCCCGCAAAAACGUAUGGGAAGCAGAAAGAAAUGUGUUGCUCUUCUCCAGACCCUAAUGCAGGGCGAUUGAAAUCGCUGGCAGAAUGGGCUAGGGGUACCAAGUCUAUGAGACUGGGAGACUGGGAGAGCCGGGGGGGAACCCAAUCGCACCUGACCCGUGAUGAGCACUGGACCCAGCCUCACCUUCCUAUGCCUUCCCAGUAGUCCGGUGUAGAGCAGACCCCCUUGUGUGCUUGCAGUCAUCGAUCUGCCAGAAGCCUGAAACCUGCUUCUGCAUGUAAUUCCCCCGUGGACACUAGAGGGCGGUGUUGAACUCACACAAGGCAAGAGCGAACAUAACUGGAAGUAGAAGCAACUGUUGGAAGAUAAUUUUGAAUAUUUAUUGUUUAUGAAUAUGUCUUUGACGUAUAACAUGUUUCAGCAGAAGGCUGUUUCACAACGUAAAACUAGGAUGUUCAAUUUGAGUCUUUUCAGACUAUAAACGACCACAGUGUCAUUAUUAUAUGUGUUGUAUAAUAAACCCUGUGCUGCGAUGGGAGUCAAACAAAACAA